AGAUUUACCCCUACGUUCCGUGUAUAUGAGAUUUCUUUCAUGCAGGCCACGCCUGCUUUUUUUCCCAACGGCUUCACUUCGGCUAAAUGGGAAUGCGAGCAUGCGCAGUGAUUUCCGCGUCGGUUUCCAUGGCGAUUGCCAAUGUAGAAAACGGGCCUGUAUUUUGAGUUCCAGAUGGCGCUUCCCGGUCCGGUUAGGCGACAGCUGGAUUCCGCGGCACGAAAUAUAUUUAUUGAUGUUAGGAGGACCAUGUCACAAAGGGAUGAACUGACAGAGGCUUGUGAGGUCGAUAUUGUCUCCAGUCUGCUGCUGCACAUAUCACUGUACUUUAACUGCUUUUAUUUUCCCUUCUGGUGGGUCUGUGAUGUUGUAGCAUUACAGUUAAAGUAUGUACUUCUACCUGAUCAUUACAAAUUCAUUUUGGUAACCCUACUCAUCCUGAUAUCUGUAAUUGAAGUUAUCCGACUUUUUCUUGGAUACAGCGGCAACCUGCAAGAAAAGGUUCCGGAACUUGCUGGUUUUUGGCUUCUCAGUAUCCUGUUGCAGCUCCCUCUUCUGCUCUUCCUUAUAUUUGAUCCAGGAGCAGAGCCAUUACCCCUUGAGCGGGUAUCCCAUGGAAUUCUGGUCGUAUUAUUGCUUUUCCAGAUCCCUGUGUCAUCACUCACACUACGGAGGACUACUAAACGUCUGGCAGGCAGAUUUCAUCAACUUGGAAACUUAGUGGAACAAGCAUAAAAUUGUGACACUUGAUUAUCUACAAAUGGAAGACAAUGAUAUAAGAUAAAUGUCUAUUGGUGGAUAAGUGUUAAAAUGAACCUAAUGUUUUGAAAAUCAGUGUGUGUAUGUGUGUGUGUAUAUAUAUAUAUACACACAGUAUAUAUAGCUAUUUCCCAGCACACCAUGGAUCUUCAAAUAACGUCCAGUUUUUAUUGACGAAUGAUCAGAUCACAGCAAAGACGUGCAAUGGUUCAGAUGUUUCCAGUCUCCAGCUGGUUGUUACUACAUCACCUGAUAUCCUCAAGCCUUUUCCAGGAAGUGUGCAAUGGGAAUAUUGACAUUUGUUAAUGUUUUGAAAAUAACACAUUUACAUGAACGUGCCAUAAAAGGAAGUUGGUACCCACUUUUUUUGCAGGUUUUAAGAUAUUUUAAAUAUGAAUUUUAAAAUGUAUUCUCCACAGCCAUUGUCCGUGUGUACUCCAUCUGCUUUUUAUAUUUGCAAGCUGUAAGCAAGUAAGAUUAUACUUUUUGUUGAAUUGAU